AGGACAUGCUACAUGACUGUAGAUCUAUUGGUUCCCAGUUUCCUCUCCCAGAAAAUUGGUAGAGGUGGAAACGAGUGCACGUAACUCGUAAAAACUUGUCUAUUAUGAUGUUUUCUCUCGAUGCUGAUUUUAUUUGUUUAACCCGCAGAGAUGUCUCGAUCACUGCUGGUUGUUGUAACCAUAUUUAUCCAACUAAUCUCCCACGAUGGAUUUUUCGUGGUAUCUCUUGCCUCCAAGACCUGUUCUGCGAAAACUGAAGAUUGCAAUUUGGCGGAAGUAGAUGCUGCACAUCCAAAACUUUUUAUGCUGGAUGGUGUUGAGGUGAAAUGAAAUUUUGAAUUUUGAUCGAGAAAAGAUGUAGCUACAUAAACAUAAACAAUUGAAAAAAUAUAUAUUUGCCUUAUCCAUGGAUUUGAUUUUUAAGGAAGGAAUGAGAAAUAUCACGUAUAUUUACCUCUCUAUCAGUAAGAUACCAAGAUAUUUACUUCGAGGCGGAGGAGUACUUCUUAUCUUACCUGUAUAGGUGUAUGCCACGAAGAGGGUUUAUAUCAAUUGGGAGAUACUGCUUAGUUUAACAGUAACUCAUCAGAGCUGAAAUUAUGAAAAGAUUUAUUACAGACAGUACAGAGGUUCCCAACAGAAGCAUAUUUGUCAACUUCUGAAACUAGCUAGUUUUGGAAUAAUUUGGUCAGAACACGAUUUUUUUCUUCUUUCCUCUCUUAUUGAAUUUGUAAAAGGUGGGACAUGUUCAGGAGGUAAAAUUGGAGGAAGGCAGAGUACACCAGUUAAUUACUAAAAGCCUUAAACCUCUUCUUUUUGGUAAGUAAUGAUCACAAGAUCACAAUUUUAUCACUAACCAUUAAGCAAUGAUUUGUAACUAAUGUGCCAGUAAGACAUUAAGGUUCAAAAUGUACCUGUUGGUGUGGCUAGGUUAAACCAAACCAAUCACAAUGGAAUGUCUGACAGGCUCUAUCAAAUCCAGUCAAAAUAUUAGGGUUUGCAUUUGAAGUCACUGUAAUAAAGUCUUAGUGUAAGACUUUGUUAUUAAACCAUAGUUUAACUACAUCUCUGCAUUUUUCUGUGAAUCAUCAUCUUGCAACCCUACAGGCAAUUUAGGUUUGUUUGAUCCUCAAUGCUAAUUCCCAACCUUGUGCCUUUAAUAAUUUCUCUUUAGGUGUACCCUUUUGAUAUCAUUAUCGUUGUUUGCCUUUCUAGAAAUACCAGAAUUUCUAAGCGAUGAGGAAUGUGAACACAUAAUCAAACUUGCUGGCAAAAAAGGCCUUUUUGAAAGCACUACCUUACCUGAUCAUGAAGAUCAUUCUGGUGAGAAUUAAAAGUGAAGGACUAUUCAGAUCUCUAGUAUGUGAAUAUAGCUUUUUUAACUCUGGUGUGGCUGGAGACAAUCUGACCACUUCAUUAGCUUACAAGAGGAGACUUCUCUUCACCUAAAUCUAUCGGCUCUAGUGAUGUCCAUUCUAGGGUCAAGGGUGUAUAUACCAAUUUAUCUCACUCCUUCUAGCUAUGCAUUAUGAAGAUGACUGGGAAAAUGUCAGCUUGUUGCUUUUGAAAAAUCAUAGAAUGACUCCAUCCCAGGAAUAAACCUUAGAGCCCUUUCAAUAAAUUGAAACCAGUUUAUACUCUUGUGUAAUGGGAAGAACUAUCAGUUCUACCAUUCUUUUUUGGACUAAUCUUUGGCUAUAUCCAAGACUUGCAAUAAACAAUUCAAUACAAGGAACUCAUUUGUCAAUUGUAAUUUUACUCCUGUUAUCCUAGAGAGAAUUUUAACCACAUUGUAGUUACAGUUUCAAGACCAGAUUAUCUGAUAAGUGGCCUCUUUACUAACCUUUUAGCUUAUAGUGAUGAGGAAAAGAAUGAAAAUUGUAAGGAUUUACUUUCCAAUGACAGAGAUAGUGAUGGCAAGAUCUCCACAGUUGAGGUAAGUCAAAAUCAGAGCUCAUAUACCUCUUUCACUUCUUAGAUCUCAAAGCUUAUUUUCAUAAAUGAUAACAGUUCUCUAAAUUCCUCUGUUGACUAGUUUUUAGAAACUGGUGUAAUAUCAGAAUAAUCUACAUUUCUUUAUUUAUUUGUGCAUUGUGAUAAGUUCUCAUUACCUGCCUGGUGAAAAUUGAUACUAUUUUAAAAUUAUGUGAAGUCAUAUUUUGAUUGGCCAAUGGGUGGAUCACGAUUGAAUUAUUAUUAUUAUUAUUAUUUAUUGAAUUAUUUCUAAAAUGGUACCUAAAUAGAUUUGUACUGAAAUUUUGGUUAAUAUGGAUAAAUAGAUUGACACUUGUUAACAAGAAACAUGGUCUCACUUUUUAGUUUUCCACCUUCAUAAAACAGGAGUUUUCAAUGUCAGUAAGUGAUGCCGAUGUGGACAUGAUGUAAGUUCAUGUGUUCAGUUCCUCUUUAACUAUUAUUUUACUGCUGUGGGCUUUUACACACAAAUUGAGUGCCUAGAACGGGCCAAGUCAUCCCUAAAUAAAAGUUCUAAUUUUUGAAAUUUUUUUUUUAAUCAGGUUGCGAAAAAUAAACUUUGAUAGAGACAGUGAUGGUAAGCUAAGUUCACAUGCUUAUAUUUUGGUUUGGUCAUUAUUGUACUAAUUAAACAAACAAAUACAUCGUCAAGUGGCUCUGAGGUGCUCAAGUUGGUCACAAUCAAAUUUCCAGGAAGCCUUUAAAGGUUUCUUUUAUUUGUAACCGUGAGAAAAUGCACUGUAUAGAAUACAUUACAUUACACAGUAUCAUAUAUAUUAUGAAGAUCAAGCUUGGACACUCUGAUGACUUAAGUAUGCUAUCCAUUGAUCUGUUAUGAUGAUGAAUGGCCAUUAUGUCAAGGCUUGGCAGGUCUUCCAGAGUGCAUCCUGUGGCUGUUCAAAGUCAGGCAAGAUCAGAUACAUAUUAUAAUUCUUUGUUUUUUGUAAUUAUUUAUUAAGCCAUGGUUGAGCUGUUGUGUCAAGGUCUCAGGCAAAAUGACCCACACAGGUUUCACUUUGCAGCUAGGAGAAAUAUGCCUCUCCCUGCCUAGGGGUAUUAGUGGUUACCAGAAAACUUACAGUGGGGGGAGGGGGGAUAACCAGCAAUGGUUUGACGAGCCAACUAGGAGAAGUAGCAAUGCUCCUAUUAAUGCUUUGGAAACUGGAAACUUCAAUGGGUGAGUAAGUCAGUCUCAUAUGCAGGCUUUAUCUUUCAAGGUUUGAUCAGUGAAAAAGAAUGCCUCAAGGGCAAUCAUGUGGCAUUUGACAAAUACAUGAGAUACCUGGAAGACAAUCAUCCACGAGAAAGGACAAGACUCAGUAAGCAGACUUGGCUGAGAGUAACAGGCAGCACCGAUCUAGUGUUAAGGGACUUGCAAAGAAGGCAGGAAAAGUGUUCUACCAUUCACUAUGUUAAAAACUAUUUCUUGUCUUAACUUUAAGGAAUAAUCAUUUUUUAAUGGAAUCCGCCUUCAUGGAAAUUUAAAAAUUCAAAAAGUGAAAACUAAUUUACCUUUCUCCUUUUGCAGAGUGAUACAGUUGACAAAACUGCCACAAUUUUUUAUUGAAAACAGCGAAGACUUACAGGUAAAAUAUGUACUCUUUGUUAAUAUAAUGGUUUGAAGUUGAUUGAAGGUCUGCUGUUAGUUGGUCAAUAGUUGGUCAAUGGUUGGCCAAUAUUCCACCCAUGGUUGGCUGACUAUGAACUAAGAGUUGACCAAUGUCUUAAUGUCCUGUCAUUCAGCUGAUGCCACUACAAGGGAAACACUAACUAAUGACUGAAUAUCAGUGGUUAUGUAGUGACAAUUGAUAAACUUUUAACUGAAAUAAUUAUCAAUAUUGAUGCAUUGCUUGAUUUAUCAAUCAGCUAUCAACUUAUUGAUUGAAUAUCAAUGGUUAUGUAGUGACAAUUGACAGACUUUCAACUGAUAUAUUGAUGGAUAUUGAUGCAUUUAUUGAUUGAUUUAUCAACUUAUUCUUUGACCAAGGUUACUUAUGCCCAACAUCUGUAAAAUGAAAAUUAUGCAAAUUAUGCAUCAGGCCUGUGCCAAGCUCAUUAAUGAAGGCUUGUUUACUCUUUUGAUCAGGUUGUCCAGUAUGGUGUUCACGGUCAUUAUCAUGCACAUUAUGACUCUACAAAUGAAUGGAAUGGUGAGGCUUCACGAUGCUGUUUUGGGAAUUACUCUGAUAAUUGCAGCUUGUGUAGGUUAGUAAGUCUAUGUUAUGAAUAGCCUCCAAUCAGUCUUAUAUUUUCAGAUAGCUUGAUUUUUUAUUUACCUCAUGGUUGAGCACUGUAAGACCUCUUGCUUAAUUUGAAAAGCUUUUCAAAUAAGUAGCAUUGUUUUUUACUUUGUGCAGAGACUAUUUCAAAUUUACCUUUUUUGAGACACGUCAAUCACUGUGUGUUACGUUACAGAUAAUAAGUAAUCAAUUGCUUAUUGUACACUUCAGUCUUGUUGACAAUAAACCUUCAGUCUGAUCAAAUGUCAGUGAAAUAUCUUUGAAACUGGCGCCGAGACCCGGGUCAACCGUAUGGCCUGCCACCCAGAGUAGCAGUAGCCACAUGUGCAUUACAUCAGACCUUUUUUCUUUCUGCCUCAGGUUUAUGACAGUGCUCUAUUACCUUAAUGAUGUAAAACGUGGUGGAGAAACAGCCUUUCCAGUUGCUGAUGAGAAAAAUAUCAACCAAACGGUAUGAGAAGCGUUCAAAGCAAUUGAGGUGAAAGGUGAAUUCACUCAUUUAAGUAGUGCUUAGGAAUUCCCUUCCAGCUUGCCAGCUAAUGAUACCUUGAAAAAUGACUACAUGAACAGUGGUACAAGAAACAAUUUUGAACGGCAAAAUAAUUAUAAUUGAAAGAAGGAUCCCUUCAGAUACGGAAAUGACUAAAGUGUUUUUUGAAAAUUAAGUCCUCCUCCCCUCAUGACCACCCCCCAAUACUGGUACAUUACUCUAAUCAACAUGGUUCUCAAACCAAGUGGGUGUUGUCAUGGGAGCCACUUGAAGUAGUAACCAGCUGUGCCAUGCAAAGUCCGUAUUUUUUCUUAGGCCACUCGACGUGAAUGAAAGAGGUUAGCGAGUGAGCAAAAGUUGGGUGAAAAUUGAGGGCAGGAAGAACGAACGAGCAUACGCCCAAAUUUAGCGCGUUUUAUCUACAACCCAUUAUACCUACUUGAUUUUUCUUACUGCCAUGGUAAUGUCAUACUUUAUUCCUUGAAACUGUGUAUAGGAAAUUGAAAAGGAAGACCGGACAAAUUUAAGCAUCCACUGCUAUGACGCUAAUGUGGUUGUACGUCCGGCAAGAGGCAAAGCUGUUAUGUGGUACAAUCACAUGAUCAGUAACGUGACUGGUUUGCUUGGAACACACGACGUACGCUCUUUACACGGAGGGUGUGAUGUCCUGGAAGGUUCCAAGUGGAUUGCAAACAACUGGAUAAAUGCACCAUUUGAAUGGAAAGAAGACAGCUGAUGGCGCUGAUUAGAAUUUAUCUCCAUUUUCGUUUGAAAUUCAACGCCAAAUUCAACGCCAAAUGAAGUCUCUCUAGAUCUUGAUGUAGAGAGUAUAUAUACUUUUGCGAUAAAAGUUGAUAUUUUGCACACAUCUCAGUGUUGUUUUCUGGUUGUUAUGAGCCCCAUAUUGUCGUCCUCUAAAAGAAAUUCUGGAAUGUGAGUGACUGACUAUAGUGGGUUAAUGGACUUUAAUAUACAAUUUGGAUUGGUCAAUGAUUUCAUAUAUUUUUUGAAACUGUGUUUCCGCAUUAACCUAGUAUUGCAUAAUCUUUCCUAAUUUGGUAUUUAAACUAUUAUUUUUUUCCCUGUUACAUAUUUUAGUGCAGAACAGCAGAACACUUAGGGACGUGUCCGAGUCCGUGAUUCACCAGUAUAUUAGUACACUUAUUUUUUGCUCUGAUUAAGGCCUUAAAAUCUUCAUAGUACAUUCGGUGAUGAAAUUCUCUCCUGAUUCUACGUCCAUAGUUUACCUCGUCCUAUCCAACUGCACUAGGUAGUGUUCAAAUAACGCGUGAAUCGAUUACAAAUAUAAGUCGUUAUUAGGACAGUUGGUUAUCACUAGUAAUUUUGUACUGUAAAAAACCUCUUCAGGCAGUCGCCUGAGCGUGCUACACUUGUCAAUCUGCUUCGCUUUUUCAGCCUUACAAGAAAUGCUCAGAAAAUUAAGCCUUUGGAUAAUAAAUAACUUAUCACACGUUUUGGUGUGUAGUAUUGUUGCUUAUUUUACUCGUUCAGUGUUUGUAAUUUUACUCACUCUACGGCCUCGUCCAAAUAAAGCAAAACUUUGUAAAAAUACUCAGUAAUACUACACACCAAAACAUCUAAUAAGAUAUGUUAUGUAACCUCAAGGAACAAGUCGAGCUUUAGUAAGUAAAAUUAUCUUCCUUUUUCACAACAUCCCUUUACCGAAUUAUCAUGGAUACGAACCAUCCUCCGGGAGAGGACGAUCUAAAUAUAAACCCGUUUCAGAAAACACCUUGUGGCAGUGACACAGUUAC